UCCUCCUGAUGACUGUUUGUUUCGUGACGCGGGAAAACACUCGUGUUUUUUUUUUUUUUUUUUUUUUUUUAAAUAUACAAAUACUUGUAUUUUAUGUUCAAAUGUCUUUGGAGCAAAUAGCAGAUAUUUCCAUGUAGUUUAUUUGCAACAGUAUUUCAGAAUAUGGCGUCAUGUCUGCCUGCUGUCGCUGAACAGCUACUGCAAGACCUUCAGAAGACGUAUUCAGAGAAAUCCCAAAUCCCCGAUGAGCUGCUAAUAGCGUUGAGGUUUAUAUUUGGCUCCUGCACCCUGCAGGCGUUAGACCUGGUGGAUCAGCGCGCUGUAACGUGUGUGUCCUCACCCAGUGGCCGAGUAGUGUUCCAGGUACUGGGUGGAUCCGGACGCCUGUACACUUGCUACACGUCGUGUCAUUAUUGCCCCUGUCCGGCCUUCGCUUUCUCUGUGCUUAGGAGAAAUGAAAGUCUGGUGUGUAAGCACAUCUUGGCAGCCUACUUGUGCCAGGCCAUGGGUUUGUGCCAGCAGGAGCAGGUCUCAGAUCAGCACAUGACCCUCAUCCUGUCCGGAAGAGCUGCGCUGGAUCCAUAAAGCAGCGUUCUGGAAGGCGGCCCAGGCGGGGAGACGUACUGAAUUUUGUUUUUUUUGGGGUGUAGUUGGGGUGUGUACUGGAAUCAUAGUUCACAUGACGGGAACUAGGGAAGCUCCAGGUCCUGGGAUUUGCAUAUUUCAUUUUUGACUGUCUCAGUUCCUUUUGCCGUUUAUUUAUUUAUUUACUACAUUUUUUUUGGCUGGGAGAGCAGUACCACUAUUGCACUGGUCAUGGCUCGGUAACUAAUCUGAACCCAGGACUGUACGCAUCCUGACCAAUGGCCUGUGUUUUGUUUCCUGUCUCAUAAAAAUACCCCUGAAGCCAAGAGGAGUUCUCUGGAUGAUGUCUGCACGAUUAGUAAAAUACUACUACUAAAAUGAAAUCUAAACAUCAUAUAUAUAUAUAUAGAUAUAUAGAUAUAUAUAAUCUCUACACACAGUAUAUUGAAUACGGGAAACUGGGCGUUUGUUCUAAUGGCAUGGAACAACCCUAUGUAGGUUGUGACAGAAAUCCUAGCUUUAGCAUGCAGUCGUUAAACUGUUAAUGACGGUAGAAAACCUUUUAACUGUUAGGAUUGCAUUUGAUCAGUCACCCGUCUGAACUGUUUCCCACAUUAGAACAUACUGCAGAGCUGCCACGCAAGGCGCUAACUUGCCAUCGGGAGCAGCUUGGGGGUUCAGCGUCUUGCCCAAGGACACUUCGGUACGUGGAGUCACGUGGGCCGGGAAUCGAACCGCCGACCCUACGAUUAGUGGACGACCCGCUCUACCACCCGCGCCACAGCCGCAAUAUAUUCAGAAGAGGUACGUGGCUACGGUGUGAUCCACCUGGCAGUAAAAGCAUGAACAAAACGCGGCACGGAGCCGUGCCAUCCGACGAGGUUCGCCGGACAAGCACUAUAGUACUCACUCAUUACUCAUUAUCGGGGCAAACUGACGCGGAGAUAAUCUUCUCAAACGUCAGCGUGCACGUUUAACGAAAGGUUCAGAAACUGCUAAAACGCUGUUUAGGUGAGGACUCCAGACUUGUUCUAACAUAUCUGAUAAAAUGAAAUAUCUGAUCUUUCUUUAUCAUCCUCCAAAGAUUAUAUCCUGGAAUAAAAGUUUCAUUUAUUUAUUUAU